AUGGAUUAUUUGCUGGAUUUAGCCGACCAAUAUGUCUUGGAUUCUGUUUACGAUCAAGUGUAUCCUUUAGCUCGCGAUCAUAUCUUGCGUGAAGCAAUUAGUUUGUUCUUUUUAACAUGGAUGGGUGGCUUCCUGUUGUAUAUAACGUUCUCAUCUUUGUCCUACCAUUAUGUUUUUGACAAGAGCCUGAUGAAGCAUCCCAAGUUCCUCAAAAACCAAGUAUGGCAAGAGAUUUGGGCAGCUUCGAUAAAUCUUCCCGGAAUGGCCUUACUUACAGUGCCUUGGUUUUUGGCCGAAGUACACGGUUAUAGCUUAUUAUAUGAUAGCAUUAGCGAUUACGGGACAACCUACUACUUUAUUUCUCUUCCCUUGUUUGUUCUUUUCUCAGACUUUGGUAUCUACUGGGCUCAUCGCUUUCUUCAUCAUCGUUGGGUGUAUCCUCGUCUUCACAAGUUACACCAUAAAUGGAUUAUUUGCACACCAUACGCUUCUCAUGCCUUCAAGUCCGCCGACGGUUUCCUCCAGUCUUUGCCAUAUCAUCUUUUCCCAUUCUUCUUUCCCCUGCACAAAUGGACUUACCUUGCUCUUUUCACGUUUGUUAACUUUUGGACCAUUAUGAUUCAUGAUGGCAAGUACAUUUCCAACAAUCCUAUUAUUAAUGGCGCGGCCCACCACAAUGGUCAUCACAUUUAUUUCAACUACAACUAUGGCCAAUUUACUACACUAUUUGAUCGCCUCGGAAAUUCUUUCCGUGCUCCAGACGAGGCCUGGUAUGACAAUACCCUUCGCAGAAAUGAUGAUGUUCUGAAGAGAGAGCUUACGGAGUAUGAAUUCAUUCGCAGCCAAGUCGAAGGAGAAGACGAUCGUGAUUACGCUUCCGAUGGUAAGAAAAUCAAGUAA